AUAGGAAGGAUGAAGCUUUUGCCAUUUCUUUGUCUAUGGAUCAGUGAUAUUAUCUGCUGCUGUUUAAUGGGAAAAGGUACAUUGCUUAGAGCACUGACUUAAGCGAGGGUUGGUGCUGCAGUUUGCUGGUAGCUGUGUACUCCAAAGUGUCAUUUCCGAUUCUAAGUCUUCCUGUCAAAGUCUGUGGGUAUUUUCCCCCCUCUUUGUGGAAACUGCUAAACUCAGACAUUCACCAGUCAGACUCUGCAGUGGUGACUGGACUGCGCUCACCCAGCUCUGCUUCAGCCUUCUCAAUUGCUACUAUGUUAUCUGUGUAUAACUUGGACAAUUGGUGCUUUGAGUACAGAAUUUUAUGUUGAUCGGGAAAAGGAUUACACUGGGAAAUGAUGGUUUUUUUAAAUUCAGAAGCUUGAAAGGCAUCGAGAAGAGUUCAGGAGGAUUUACAUUUUAGCUGCCGUGAAAGAAAAACUCGACCUGAUUCCAAUGUUUCAGAUUCUCCUGGUUCCAGGUCUAUGGAAAUGCAGGAUCUAGCAAGUCCACACAGUCGCGUGAGUGGAAAUAGUGAAUCUCCCAAUGGUCCCAAACUUGACAAUUCCUGCAUCAAUAAUAAUUCCAUGACACCAAAUGGCACUGAGGUGAAAACAGAACCAAUGAGCAACAGUAAUAUCACCACAACGUCAGCAGAUGGGUCUUUAGACAAUUUCUCAGAAUCAGCAAUUGGUAGCGGCUUUAGCCCAAGACAAACUCAUCACUUUUCACCUCAGAUUUAUCCUUCCAACAGGUCAUACCCACACAUUCUCCCUACACCUUCAUCGCAAACCAUGGCAUCAUAUGGACACUCACCAUACGCUACAGGAAUGCAGCAAGCAUCAAUUUAUGCAACGUAUCCACAAUCAGGACAACAUUAUGGAAUCCCAUCCUACGGCAUCAAGACUGAAGGUGGAUUGACACAAUCGCAGUCACCUGGCCAAACAGGAUUUCUGAGUUAUGGUUCAAGUUUAAGUGCACCUCAACCAGGCCAAGCCCCUUACAGUUACCAAAUGCAAGGGGGAUGUUUCACAUCAGCAUCAGGAAUUUACACAGGAAGCAACUCGCUGACAAACUCCACAGGCUUCAAUAAUUCACAUCAGGAAUAUUCUUAUGCAGGCUUUGGCCAGGGACAAUAUGCACAUUAUUAUAACAAUUCUGGAUACCCCUCUCCUUAUAUGACAAGCAACAAUAGUAGUCCAGUAACUCCUUCGACCACCACAACGUACCAGCUCCAAGAUUUACCAACUGUCACAAGCCAAGCUGUUACAGAUUCUGCUGCAGGAGAGUUUGGUACAAUCCACAGUUCUUCAACAUCCAUUAAAGAUUCAGAAUUGGAUCGAUUGCGUCGAGCUUCAGAUGGAAAAUCACGUGGCAGAGGCAGAAGAAAUAAUAACCCUUCACCUCCCCCAGACACUGACCUUGAGCGAGUGUUCAUAUGGGACUUGGAUGAAACAAUCAUUGUUUUUCACUCCUUGCUCACAGGAUCCUAUGCGAAUAGAUAUGGAAGGGAUCCACCUACAUCAGUCUCACUUGGGCUGCGAAUGGAAGAGAUGAUCUUCAACCUGGCAGACACACAUCUGUUUUUUAAUGAUUUAGAAGAAUGUGAUCAAGUCCAUAUCGAUGAUGUAUCUUCAGAUGAUAAUGGGCAGGAUUUGAGCACUUAUAACUUUGCUACAGAUGGCUUUCAUGCUGCAGCAACUAGUGCAAAUCUUUGCCUAGCAACUGGUGUGCGUGGCGGAGUUGAUUGGAUGCGGAAGUUAGCCUUCCGCUAUCGGCGAGUAAAAGAGAUAUAUAAUACCUACAAAAAUAAUGUUGGAGGUCUCCUUGGUCCAAAUAAAAGGGAAUCAUGGUUGCAGUUGCGAGCAGAAAUUGAAGCUCUAACAGAUUCUUGGCUAACACUUGCACUGAAAGUCCUCACACUCAUUCAUUCAAGGUCAAACUGUAUAAAUAUUUUAGUAACCACAACACAAUUGAUACCUGCUCUUGCCAAAGUCUUGCUGUAUGGAUUAGGAAUUGUUUUUCCAAUUGAAAACAUAUAUAGUGCAACCAAAAUAGGGAAAGAAAGUUGCUUUGAACGUAUAAUUCAAAGAUUUGGCAGAAAAGUAGUGUAUGUUGUUGUGGGAGACGGUGUGGAAGAAGAACAAGCAUCUAAAAAGUACAUGGAUCUGAAAGGGAUAAUACUACGUCGUGCCAAAAGCAGAAUCCACUGUGACACUAUCAUAUGGUUUCCAGAUGCUGGUGCCAAGGAGCAACUUUUUUAUUCAUUCAUUGCAUUGUUGGCACACCAUGCCCUUCUGGAGGAUCUCAAGCCACUCUGACCUUAUGGCCUUACAUCAUGCCCUGGAAUUGGAGUACUUGUAGCAGUACUUUGAAAUGUAGCUCUCCACCCUCACUAUUUGUAGACUACAAUAUCUCUGUGUCUUCUGGCAGCUUCUGACUCCAAACCGUGUGAUGUGUCCCAAGUGUUGACAUACAGCUGCAAUUUGUCUUAACCCUUGACCAAUCUUUAAAUGGAGGCAAAUUAAUCUAUGGCAAAGCUGCUGAUGGCUCGCAAGACUGUGGAGGUUAUACAAUGAAAAGCCAUUACAAUGUUCAACAGCCCUGUUGCUACUGCAGUGGUACAAAAAAUAGAUCUGAAAAUGUGAAGAAAAUGGAUCUGGAAAGAUGCUUCGCACUCAUCGUCCUCAGAACAAAUGGUAUGGAUAAUGCUUUAAGCAUUGACAGUCAUCACUCUAAAGCCUCUGUAAAGAAAAAUACAUUUUCACCAUAAGGAAUUUAAAACUUACACUGAAAACUGAGUUGGACAAAUGCUGGCAGCAUCGUUUACUUGUGGACAUGUUUUGUUUCUUUACUGAUAUCCAGGGUUCUCUUAUUAUUUAUGAACAGUUGUAUGUUAACAUCAUUUAUGAAGGUACUUAAAUUAGAAUUUUUGCCAUUUGACACAAAGAGCACAUUUGAUUCUGUCAAGUCACAAAGUAGUUUACAGAAAAUUUGUUCUGUUAUAAUUUAAGAUAACUUCAGUUUGCUAAGACAAUCAUGUACAGAAAAUGUCAUUUUGUGUAAAUUUGUAUUCAGGCAAUUCUUUUACAUAUUGUUAAGGCAAAUGCAAUUGAAAGAUAACAAUGCCUUGUUUGUGAAGUGUCAGUGUAGAGCGGUAUUGUGUGCACAAAAAACAGUGCUGUGCCUUAUCAAAAUGUUGGUGUGUUAAAGUGCAACUUUUUGUUGGGUAAAUAUGUAGAUAAUGGAAUUUUUGUGAUUAUUUUGUAAAGACCAAAAGCUUGAAUGUCAAGUGUCAAGAUUUACUCCUUUUUCUGUAGCUUUCUCAUUCCCCCAAAUUACUUGUAUCCAUCUUUCUGCAAACAAAUAAAUGGAAUACUCCAAUUGAAUAAAGUCAAAAAUAAUUCCUUGCUCUCUUCAUACGCAGUUAAUGAAGAUGAUACAGUAUAUAUUUUUAUUAUAAAAGUUGUUUUCAUUUAUUAACAAUGGGAAUGAAAAUUACUAUAAAUUUACGCCCUUACAGUGUCUACAUUCUUUUGUAUGAAAAUACAUUAGCAGAGGAACAUUUAGAUUUUUUUGAACAAAAGCUGUUAGAACAUUAUGGGAUUUUGCUUGUACAAUUAGACCUGAUGCAUUUUGAUAUUAUCCAUUUUUCGCCUGAAAUAUUAACAUACUUGGCUGUCAACUGAGAUUUUUCUUCGGGCUACUUACAGUAGAUGCAACUUUUAUUGUAAUCCCUGAAAUUUACACUUUGUCCCUCUCUGUGAACACUGCAAAAGGAACUUUGGUUCUGAUGUUUUAUACCUCAGGUACUUAAUAGUCUUAUUUCUUUAUAAAGCUCCACACAGAUAUUCAUUACAGCAACCGCAAGAAAUUGUUUGUAAGUCCAAAAAAAAAUUCUACCUUUUCAGGAGGGGAUUUCUUAGAUGGAUACAGCUGCUAGAAAGAUUAUGGUGAACUGUUUUAACUACUCGGAAAUUAAACAUUUGCAGAAAAAUAUCAAGAUAAAAAAAAUCUGUGGACUAUGAUUUUGAUUUUUCAAUCAAAAUGACUGGAAAUCAACAGAUCACCGACGCCUCACUACAAGAAAAGAGUGUGUUGAAUCUGCAAAAUAUCUGU